AUGGACACUCAAUUAUUUUCCCCAUUAUUAGGAGCAAUUACUAGUACGCCACCUCCGCUAGAAUCUUCCCGUCUGUAUAGCGACUGGUCAGCGUGUGGAGAGGAUAUUAGCUCAAAAACUUCUUUUCAAGACUGCACAAAGAAACGGGCACCAAUAAAUCUUUCUUGUUCUGGCAAUGGCCCUGAUAUGUUUGGGCUAGUGUCAAGCAUUGUAGAGGAGCCAAGCAAGCCAGAACCUGUUACAGAUUGGAAUUCUCUUUCAAGAUUGUUUCCGCCUAUGUGGGCACCUGAUCUUGGAAGCAAUGGUGAAUUCUCAUGGCUCUCAUCUAAGCACUCUGUUGAAAGUAAGGAUUUUGCAAACCUGCUGGGCACACAGAACUACUAUCAGGAACACCUGCAAAAGUCUCAUGAUGUGGAGAUGUUACACAGAGGUUUGGAAGAUCUUCAUUUCAUAGAGUCUUGGCUUUCUCCGUCUGGCCCUUGCACUCAGCCUGAUAAUGUUCUGAAGAACAGUUACCCUGAGAAUUCCUCUUUGCAAAAUAAUAAUACAAUUCACCCAGAAGGGUUUUCAUUUCAAAAUGUAGACUGUAGUCAGCAUUUGUGCAGUUACGACCACAUGAGGUUAAAUGGAGACUAUGAGAAAAUCGGUUCCAAUUUUAGCACUUUUUCUUCUCAGAACAGAAUGAAAGAAGGCAGUAGUGUUCAGAAAGAGUAUUGGAAAACUGAAACAGCAAGAGGCAAAGUUGUGAAAAAUGAUGCUCAAGAACAAACUAAGUAUUCCUCUGAUCUUUCCAGUCAGCCUGUUGAUGACUCUUGGGAUAAAGUGUCCCAGGACAACCACUUGUUUUCUAAGAGAUAUGAAAACUUCACAGCUGCUCAUAAAUUGCAGUCAUCUGUUUAUCCAUCACUAUAUUUUUUCAAUCAACCCCCUAAAGAAAAUAAUUUUUCUGGAGGGACAAACAGAAAACCACAGGAAACCCACGUGCAGAAUGGCCAUCAUAGCUUUACUGCGGGGGAUGCUUUUAAUAAUAAUGAAUGUAAGAUCCAUAUUAGUCCUAAAGAGUGCUCUCAUAGAGUUUCUGAAUACGAUUUCUCUGUAAAAAAUGUUAUGCAAAAUGGGAGCUAUUCAUUGUACCAUGGACGUACAUGGCUGGAUGGGAAAACUGCAAGUCCGACAGCUGCUUCGGAUGUCACGUAUGGAAAGCAAGUGGUAACAAGUCCGCAGUCGUCUUCAGGGGUUUCAACCAUGUCCAGUGGUUCUCCCACCCAUCAGUCUAUAACACAGUCCUCUUACUACUCUCAGAUCUCGCCUGUCCUCCCUUCAAGGAAAGAUGGAAGGUUACAAAUAUCAAACGGUGUUUCCAAUCAUUUGGGAGUUUCUAAUUUCAUCUCAGAAAAUCAGAAGCAAAUGAAACCCAUUGGACGAUCACAGCAUGAUUCAUUGACUAAUAAGGAGGGGCAAUACCGUAAAUUCCCCAUUAAUUUUUCAUCUGACUGGUUAACGCAGCAGAAUGCUGUAAGUGAAGACGCUGAAAAAUACCACAGAUUUCCAAAAAAGCAGGCCCAAGAAAAUAGUAAUAAAGAUGAUAGAAGGGGCAAAAGGAAUUGGAUUCCUCAUUUUGGGUAUACAACCCCAAACCGUCAGCAGUUCAAUAUGUUCCGAAAAAAGCAUGAACAGAAUGGUGGUAGUAUGUCAGACUUCAUUAAUCCUUCUUUUUUUCCUUCUUUCCCAUUAAUGUCUGAUUUUAAGCAAAAUCCCACCUUUCCUCCAUUUAAUCACCAUCUGUUUUCAUCAGCAAACAAUUUCAGUUUUUCUCCGUCACCAUUUCCAUUCUCAGAACUUGUUGAUCUUUUUCAUUAUGAUGACUUUAACCACUUGAAUCCCUUCAUCAACGAUCUGUUUUGUGGGGAAAUAGCCGCGCCAUAUUUUGCCUUUCCAACACCAUUUAACAAGUACAGACCUCCAAGAAAUCGCAGUGGACCUGCUAAUGAGCUUCAUAUCCGACUGGAGGAGUGUUAUGAGCAGUGGAGAGCUCUGGAGAAAGAGAGAAAGAAGACUGAGGCUGACCUUGCAAGAAACUUUCCAGGAAAGCGCAUAUCUAGCUCAAAUAACACUCCUGUGUCCCGGCUUCCUGCUAACCCAUCGCGAGUUGAUCGUUUGAUUGUCGACCAGUUACGAGAACAAGCCAGGGUACUCACAUUAAUAGGAAAAAUGGAAAGGCUUCGUGGUACCCCUGUACACGGUAACAUAUCCGCUACAUUGGAACACCAUAUGGAAGCCAUUCACGUAACACAGGCGAGGCGUAAGGAUGAGAUUAUUAAUGCUGCUAAUCCACAGAGACAAGGAGCACCACGGUAUAAUAACGAGAAAGAUGUUCUGGCUCUGGCAGCUGCCAUUAGAGAGUUGGCUGCUUCCACACGCAAGGCUCGUACCGCUUUAUGGUGUGCGCUACAGAUGACUUUGCCAAAAAGCUCUUCAAGUGGUCCAGUAAAACAAGAAGUUGUUGAAAGGGCAUUGCAAGAGCUUAGUCCUCCAAACACAAGCACACAAGAAAAAAGCAGCAUGGAGCAUGAAAACAAAGGAAGCAAAAAAGAAACACCGGAGGAAUCCAUGAGAGUUCUGGAAUAA